AUGGUCGACGCGCUGGGGGGCUCGUGCAGGGUCUUCGACAAUCCCGGCGGGGGUACUAUCUUCGAGGUUCUGAUCCCGGCGAAAGUGGACAAGGACAUCGAUAUCGACAGCCCCAGCGGCAGCGGCCGGAGCGUUUCGCUCCGGGAGAGCGGCGACACCACCCGGGGGACAUGCCUGAUCGUGGACGACACGGCCUCCAUCCGGAAGAUGAUGCGCCACUUCCUCAAGCAGCACGACGUCGACCUCGCGUGUAACGGUGUGGAGGGCCUAGAGAGACUCAAGAACAAGGAGUACGACAUCGUGCUCAUGGACAUCUCGAUGCCUGUCAUGGACGGGAGGGAGUGCUUGGCGAGGUUUAGGAAGUGGGAAGCGGUGAACAGACCGAACCGCCAGCGGAUAUACGCAAUGUCGGCCAACGUCGUCGAAGUCGACACCGGCUUCGACGGGUCUCUGCCCAAGCCCAUGGAUGGCAAGAGACUCCGAGGGCUCCUCCAAAAACGGGAAUCGCUAAAGGUGCACCCGGUUUGA